AUGAGCGGCGCUGGCGCCAAGGGCUCGUGCCUCUCGCAGCCCACGGUGAAGAGCGUGCUGGUGUACCGCAAUGGGGACCCCUUCUUCCCGGGACGCCGCAUCGUCGUCCACGAGAAGAAGGUGUCCAACUUCGAGGUCUUCCUGAAGGAGGUGACAGGCGGCGUGAAGGCGCCCUUUGGAGCCGUGCGUAACAUCUACACGCCCCGCGGCGGGCACCGCAUCCGGCAGCUGCAGGAGCUUCAGAGCGGCGAGCAGUAUGUGGCCGGCGGCAGAGAAGCCUUCAAGAAGCUCAACUAUUUGGACAUAGGAGAAACAAAGAAGAAACCUGUAGAGGUCAAUAAUGAGGUGAAGCCCGUCACUCACAGCAGAAUCAACGUGUCGGCGCGGUUUCGAAAGCCCCUUCAGGAGCCCUGCACUAUUUUCCUGAUUGCUAAUGGAGACCUUAUCAGCCCCGUAGUGCGCCUCCUCAUUCCCAGGAAAACGCUGAAUCAGUGGGAUCACAUUCUCGAAAUGGUUACAGAAAAAGUUACCCUCAGAAGCGGAGCCGUACACAGACUCUACACUUUAGAUGGAAAACUUGUUCAGAGCGGAUCAGAGCUGGAGAAUGGACAGUUUUAUGUUGCAGUGGGCAGAGACAAAUUUAAGAAGCUGCCAUAUGGUGACCUCCUGUUCAGCAAAUCUACGAUCAGAAAGCCUCAGGGUUCCAAAGCUUCCUCGCUACCUCCUAUUGUGGGAUCUCGAAAAUCUAAAGGGAGUGGAAAUGAUCGACAAUCUAAAUCUACCACUGGAUCCAGUGACCCUGGAGAAAACAGUUCCUCGCCUCAGCCUCCAAAAAGGAAGGACAAAAGAAGCCAGAAACAAGAGGAGCCUCACUUCUCCAGCAAGUCUGCAAGAGUGAAACACACAACAAGAGUAGCAGCUUCCACAGCAGUCCUUCAGGAUAAUGAUGAAGGUAUUUACAAAGCUGGAGAAAAGCGAUCUGAAAUGUUGGGAGCAGUUGAAGUUCAAGAAGAUGAAGAUACUCGUGUAGAAGUUCCACUGGACCAGAGACCAGCAGAAACUGUAGAUGAGGAAGAAAAUGCAGAAGAGGAGAAUGACAAGGAUGGGGAGACCUAUACAGGAGGAGAAGAAUAUCCAGAAGUGAAUGGAAAGGAAGGUGAGGAAGUUGCUGAAGAAAGAAAAGAAGAGGAAGAAAGUGAGAAAAAGUUAGAUGGGAAUUAUGAUGAUAAACCAGAAGAAAGAGAGAAUUUCAACCAAGCAGAGGAAGAGGAGGUCACCCUUUCAAAUGGCAAGGCAACUGAAGAAAAUGGUGAGGAAAUGGAGCAGCUCAACAACCAAAGUGACCUUCAGCUUGAAGAAGAAAUAAAAGAACAAGAGGAUUCUGACAAUCAGAAUCAGGUUGACUCCCCUCGUGGAAGAGCAUCCACAAAUCCAAGGGUGACAAUCACCAGCCCACAAGAAAGUGAAAAAAAUGACCAGAGCAGUGACUAUGCUGCAGUUGCAUAG